GUCCAGAUAAAGAUCACGUGUUCCAGAAACUUCUAUAAAUCCAUUAUAAGAGGGCCGUUUUUUAGAUAUCUUGCGUAAUUCUAGUCCUGUCAUUUAACGACUUAAAAGCCAGUUUUUUCGCGUUUAACCGUUUUUAAAGUGUUUAAUAAUAAUGCCGAGACGCGGACGAUCAAGUAGCCCAACUCCAAGGGCUGCACCUACUCGAUAUUCACCACCCCCGAGUACUACAUUACCUGCUAGAGCUGCCCCGCCUCCUCCAGCUCCGAUGCAAGCUCCCGCAGCUGCAGCUCCUCAACAACCAGGUCUUUUCGGUCAAAUGGCUGCAACGGCUGGUGGUGUAGCAAUUGGAUCUGCUGUUGGACAUACAAUCGGACAUGCAUUAACUGGUGCUUUUAGUGGUGGUGGUUCAAGUCAACCGGAACAACAACAACAAGCCCAACAACCCGCUCAACAGUAUCAUCAUGAUGGUUCUGAACCGACGGGACCUUGUGCUUGGGAAAUUAAGCAAUUUUUAAAUUGUGCUGCAACCCAAUCUGAUUUAACGUUAUGUCAAGGAUUUAACGAAGCUAUUCAACAAUGCAAACUUAAGAAUGGAGUAUAAAUGGUCAAAGGAAUAUAGAAACAGUUAGCAUUAAUCGUUAUUAAAAAUUCUUAGAUAAAAUGAAGUAGUGCUUAUUAAUUGGGAAAUGAUAAUAAAUUUUGAGUAAAUGGGAAUGUAGAAAAUAAAGAGAAUGUUUGUUUUUCCAACACAA